AUGUUUGUCAUAUUGUUCAUUAGCAAUUUGUUUAUUACUUUCUUGGGAACGGCAUUUGUUCUGAAAACGGAUCCAUUCUGGUCCCCUAGAAUAUUCAUACCUGUGAUUGGUAUGCUCUUGGGAAAUUCUAUGAGUAGCGUUGCGAUGGGUACCGAGCGUUGCUUGGACCAAUUUAGUGCUCAUGCACCUAUGCUGGAGACACGACUGUCAUUUGGAGCUUCAAGAUAUGAGGCGUCUUUACCGCUGGCCAUCGAAGCAAUUCGAAUUGCUUUGCUACCUGUCAUUACUCAAUUGAGUGUCAUGGGCAUGGUCAAUAUUCCCGGUAUGAUGACUGGACAAAUUAUGGCAGGUACGCCCAUGAUGGAGGCAGUCAUGUACCAACAAUGUAUAAUGUUCAUGAUUGCUGCCAGUAGUACUUUAGGUGUGAUUAUGUCAGUGGCUGUAAGUAUUAGUGUUAAAAACUAUAAACUUGAUAAGGUUUGGAAAAUUUAA